AUGGAAGAUAAAAUUACUGAAAAUUGCAAUAAUACAACUGAAUCUGUGACAAUUACAAAAAUGCCAAAGAAAAUUCCAGUUGAAUGUAAAAUAUGUGGAGCUCCUGCUUAUUAUUCUUAUGUUGGUGUCGUCGUAUGUUUUUCUUGUAAAGUAUUCUUCAAACGUCAUGCAGAAAAAAAACAGGGACAUCUCAAAUGUCAUUUUAAUGAUGAUUGUGAAAUUAAUAUUCAUAAUCGUCACGUUUGUUCGUCUUGUCGACUUGCUAAAUGUUUUGCAAGUGGAAUGCAAAUUGAUAUGUUUCGAUGUUCUAGAACGACAAAUGAUAAUACAAAACAAAAAGAUAAAGUAACAAAAACAUCGAAUACUUUAGUGAAAUUCAAAGGAAUCGAUCAAACACAACAAGAAAACAGAUUUACAUAUCUUUCUUUGCAGGAAGAUUCUAUUUAUACACGUAUACUUGAGUUAUUCGAUUCUUCAAAUGAUAGAUAA